AUGAGCUCAAAUACAACAACAAGUAAUAAUAACUGCAAUAACAAUAACAACAAGAGAUUUGUAUUUGGUGGAUAUGACAUAGAGGAUCAGUAUCAAAAUGAUAUAGAUGACAACAGCCAAAUACAACAGCAACAGCAACAGCAACAGAAGAAGAUAGGCCAAGAUACAUCAUCAUUCUACCGAGACCAUGUUGCAAACAGCAAGCAACAAGUACCUCAUUCAUUGCUUGUGAAGAAUCGUAUUGAAUCGCUAGAGGCUCGUCAACAACAGCAACAACAACAACAUCAUCAACCUCCUCAGGAGGAGCAACAUCAAGAAGUCGAAGAAGAAUUGCAAGAGAUGUUUGAAUGUGAUUCAUGCAAUGUAUCAAUACCAAUGCAAUGUAGAAUGCAACAUCUAUCAUCUACUGUUCAUUUGUUGUCAGCCAGCACGAUAACUCCAAAGAAAUACUAUCAUAUACCAAUGGACAAUCCGGGUUAUAGAAUGAUGAAGGAUCAGUUUGGCUGGGAGGAAGAACAAGGUCUAGGAGUUGAGAAUCAAGGUGCACUCGAUCCCAUUCCCACCAGACUAAAGAACGAUUAUAAGGGUGUAGGCAAUCCGACUGCCAAGGCCAAGGUCUCACAUACACUCUCGGACAUCCUACGAUCAAAGAGAGCUGGACGCAUUAGUCAAGCCGCAAUAUCCCCAAUCAUCUCUGCCAAGCUUAGACAACAACGACAACAACGACAAAAACAACGUCAACAACAUCUCCUUCAAGAAUUCAAGUAG